AAACCAAACCUAAACCCUCACUUCUCCUAAGUAACCCAACACAGCAAAUUAAAUGGCAUCCUCUUCCAAAACAGCAACUCUUGCGGCUCUCUUCCUCGCCCUUAACCUUGUCCUUCUCGCCUCGUCGGCCACCGCCAUGUUUGCGGGGACAUGCUCCGCCGAUAAGGUGGGCGAGCUGAGCGUUUGCGUUGACCUGUUCCAGUAUUUGAAACUCAGGGUUGGAACCAAGCCACCAAGCGAUACGUGCUGUAGUCUGUUUGAUGGGGUGGCGGCUGAUGUUGACGCCGCCGCUUGUGCUUGUGCUGCCCUGAAAGCCAACCUUCUUGGAGCGAUCUAUGUCGACCUUGCCGCCUCCGUCAAGUUGCUUCUCGGCGAAUGCAACAGGGUCGCUCCCGACGGCUUCCUCUGUGCUUAAUACAUCAAAUGAUCAUAUCAUAUAUAUGUAGUAAGUAUGAUGAUCAUGACUAUCAGCGCUGAUAUUCUGGUAGUGCUUAUAUAUCACUACACGAAAAAGAUCCUUUAAUCACGGUAAAUCCCGUGUUCGAAAGUGUGUUUACCGUGUUUAAUAGUUAUAGUCACAGGAAACUUACCGUAAUAUAUACCUCCGUGUUUA